AUGUCUCAACAAACCAUCGUUCUCAUCACAGGCGCCAAUUCAGGAGUGGGCUACGCAACCGCCCAAACUCUAGCCACACACCCAAACCACCAUGUGAUAAUGGCCUGCCGUGACCUCCAAAAGGGCCAACAAGCCCUAUCCGAACUCCAAAGCAAAGAUCUCAAGGGAACACUCUCCCUCCUCCAGCUAAACGUGGAAGACGACACCUCCAUAACCCAAGCGGUGAACACUGUAAACGAACAAUUCAAUCGACUCGAUAUCCUAGUCAACAACGCCGGCUCAGCAGCACCCAGCAGCACCGGCCGCGCGAAACUGAACCUGAUCUAUUCGACGAACGUGAUUGGCGCAACAAUGGUCUCCGAGGCUUUCACCCCCCUCCUCCUCAAAUCAGAAAGGCCCUAUCUGAUCCAGAUCUCCAGUGGUCUAGGCUCGAUGGGUCUGGCGACGGAUCCCAGUAGUGAAACUUAUUCUGCGCCUUGGGAUGACUACCGCGCGAGCAAGGCGGCGCUGAAUAUGAUAACUGUUCAGAUGCAUAAGCGGUUGCAGAGUCAUGGAGUGCGAGUUUUUGCGUUCUGUCCUGGUCUUGUGAGGUCGAAUUUGAGGGGCGAGGGUGAGGCUGCUGUUAGUGCGGGUGGGAUGGCUGGGGAUCCGUUGGAGUCUGCUAGGGGAAUUUUGGGGAUUGUGCUUGGGGAGAGGGACGAGGAAGCUGGUGGAUUUAUUAAUAAGGAUGGUCGGUUGCCUUGGUAG